UAUGAAUGUUCAUGUAAAUGUGGUGAUAGAAACAGUUGAUUUUUUUUGUUUUAUAAAGGUGAUUCAAUGUUGAAGAUCAAAGGCAAAGUUCAAGCUUUGAGCUCUGUUUUCACCCUCAAUUCUUGGAAUUUAAUCCCAAAACCCAGAUUCAAUUUCAAGUUCCAAAGAUUGUUUUACAUGGAUGCCAAUUCCAGUUCCAAUCCCAAUUCCAAUUCUUCUCCUUCGAGGACUAUUUCUGUUUUCUCCACCAUUCCUCUGCCUCCUAGUUCCGACGCCGUCAAUGGCUCCGGCAGUUCCACUUCGUCUCGGAAACCCAUCAACCUCUGGCCUGGGAUGCACCAUUCACCGGUCACUGCUGCUCUUUGGGAUGCUAGGUCCAGUAUCUUUGAGAGGUUGCUUGAUCCUCCUAAAGAUGCGCCACCGCAGAGCGAAUUGCUUACCAAAACUCCUUCUCAGAGUCGGACUAUUGUGAUUUAUAAUUUCUCUUCUGAUUUUAUUCUGAGAGAGCAGUAUCGUGAUCCGUGGAAUGAGGUCAGAAUCGGAAAGUUGCUUGAAGAUCUUGAUGCCUUGGCUGGUACCAUCUCCGUUAGACACUGUUCCGAUGAUGAUAGCACGACAAGACCACUUUUGCUAGUGACUGCCUCUGUUGACAGAAUUGUUCUAAAGAAGCCAAUUAGUGUUGAUGCUGAUUUGAAAAUAGUUGGUUCAGUCAUAUGGGUUGGGCGAUCCUCUAUUGAGGUUCAGUUAGACAUGAUCCAAGGCACAAAAGAUUGCUCAAACAAGUCAGACUCAGUUGCUCUGACAGCAAACUUCAUAUUUGUGGCACGCGACUCUCAGACUGGGAAAGCUGCUUUAGUUAACAGGCUUUUGCCCGAAACUGAGGAAGAAAAAUUACUUUUUGAGGGAGCAGAAGCCAGGAGUAACUUGAGGAAAAGGAAGAAUAGAGGUGAUAUGUGGGCGUUGGAAAAUGGGUACAUAAAAAGAAUUGAUGCUUUACUAGCAGAGGGAAGAAUCUUCUGUGACAUGCCAGCCCUGGCAGACAGAGACAGCAUUCUUCUCAGGGAUACUCGCCUUGAAAACUCUUUGAUUUGUCAACCACAACAAAGAAACAUACAUGGUAGGAUCUUUGGAGGGUUUCUUAUGCAACGAGCAUUUGAGUUGGCUUUCUCAACAGCAUAUGUAUUUGCCGGAAUGGUGCCUUACUUUUUUGAAGUUGAUCACGUUGAUUUCUUAAAACCUGUGGAUGUCGGUGACUUUCUACGUUUCACGUCAUGUGUUCUUUACACGGAAGUUGACAAUCCAGAUCAGCCAUUGAUCAACGUUGAAGUCGUUGCCCACGUCACUAGGCCCGAGAUCAGGUCUAGCGAGGUCUCGAACACAUUCUAUUUCACUUUCACUGUGCGUCCAGAGGCAAAAGCUAAUGGGAAAGGAUUCAGACUUCGCAGUGUUGUUCCCGCAACGGAAGAAGAAGCUCGUCGUAUCAUCGAGCGCAUGGAUGCCGAAAAAGAUGCUAAGGGACUUGAGCAAGGAAUCUGAAUCAGGUCAGGCUCAAGCAGCCAACACAGUUUGUCUUCGUUUAAGAAAAUCUUGUUGGAUCCUUAUAUUGAAAAGCGGUUAAGUUGUAGAAAACCAACUUUGUAGAAUAUUUGUGAAAGAAAGUAAUCCCAUUCAAUUGGUAUGAGGGUGAGUAUUGCUUAUGGUCA